AAGAAAGAAAGAAAGAAAAGAAAAAACGGUGGUCUCGAAUAUACCAAAACACUUGAUCAAAAGAUCGAUUAUUGCAAAGCUAUUGUUCAACAGGGGCUUGCACAAAGUCGUGGAAAUAAUGGGACAGRUAAAUUAGAUUCAUUUGCGUAAUCUCGCCUUUUGAAAGUAUGUGUUAUGCCGCUCGAAAUUCCUUGGUCAUCUGGAGAAAGGACACCGACAGUUCUUUCAUUACAAUAACAACACUACAGUCUUUCCACUUCAAAUUUAAUAUCUUYCCAUACAAAUGAUAACUGUUGUAUAGGAAACAAGAAAACAUGGAUGAUACAGGUGUGGCUGAGCAAUAUCUUCUGCCCUUGAAUUAGAAUUAAACUAGGAGUUACUCUAUAGCCAAAGUGUUUAACGCCAGUUACAAAUGACGUAUUGAGAAGGUAAUUAGAAGARGGUUUAAGUACCCGCUAGUAGCGCCGUCGUGCUCAUUUAAUGAGAACCAUUUCCUCUUCACACAGAAAUCAAAACCUCUAUAGACUGAAGUGAUAGCAUUUGAUAGUAUUCAUCUGAACGCCCUAAAGCUAAGACCACAACCACGAGAAUCUCUCAGAAUUUUCCACCUAAGACACAGGCUACAGUGAUAGCAUGAACUGUUGCUGACUUGGUAUCACAGAGAAUACAACAUGGCUGGCUUCCUCAACAAUUACCCUGGCUGUCCAUUAGGAGGUUUGAAUCUUCCUCCAAGAUCUGCUGCCGAUAUGUUCAAUCCAAUGGUAGCAGGGCCGUCUUAUGGAUAUCCAAGAAAACAACGAAGGGAACGUACGACAUUCACAAAAAAUCAACUCGAAAUUCUCGAAGAACUGUUCUCCAAAACUCGCUACCCAGACAUCUUUAUGAGAGAAGAUGUUGCCAUGAAGAUAAAUCUCCCCGAAUCUAGAGUACAGGUAUGGUUCAAAAAUAGACGGGCAAAAGCCAGACAACAGACCAAAGGGGAACAAAAGCCAAAGCCUAAGCCCAAAUCCCCGCCAAUAACUAAGGAUCUUCAACAACCAAUUCCACCACCACCCUGUCGAUAUGCAAGCUGCAGUGGAAAUAUCUGGAGCCCUGCACACGAAUCAGUGCGACCCAGUCUUUCAAAUUUCCCAUCACACUCUGUCAUGAACAAUGGCAUGUCAACCAGCAAUUCUGGGGCAUUCAUGCCCCCACCCCAGGCCCCACCGUACUUUUGUUCUCCUCCAAGUGGACCAUAUAUGUCUUUGGAACAUAUGCACCCUAUGGCGCCUAGAUAAUCACCUUAACUGUUAUGUAUAAUAUCAAGCCAAAAGGCAAAAAGAUUGACAAGAUUUAUAACAUAUGCUAAAUUCAUAAAUGAUAGUUAUUUUAAUUAGAUCUAUUGCAUAUAAACUUAGCAAAAAAUUGAUUUUUGAUGAUGAGAAUAUUGACCACUAUAAGAAGAAAAAAAAAAAACUUGUUAUGACGUUAAUUAUAUUAAAUAAUAAUUAUUGAUGUAAACUAAAUUAUAUACAUAUAAGCCAGUGGCAUGACAUUACUACGCAUGUGCAGCAGGAUUAGAGAUCAAGAUACCGCCGUAACAUUAAUAAAUCCCGUUAGGUGCUCUGUAUUCCCAUAGCCAGCAAUUGGCUUUGUUCGUACUUGUACUUUGAAACAGCAAUCUACCUGUAUAAAUACUUUUAAGAAUCAUCUUAGAUGCGAGGCUAACAGAAAAAUACCCCCCAAAAUUAAAAAUAUAUUUUCUUUUUAAAUGGAACAAAUUCCAUUGAGAUAAAUUUUUUUUCCCAGUGUUAAUUUUCCGAUAAUUUUGAAAGCUGCACUGUAGAUUGCAAUUGGAAAUGAGCCAGAUUUUUUGUGCCGUAUAAAAUAAACUGUAACCAAAAUCAAAACUUGCUGGCUUUUUACAAAAAAGUUGUUAAGGACGUUAAGGGAAUACAUUUUAAGUUAAAACCCAAAAAAUAGUUACUUUAAAAUAACAAGAACGACAAAACAAAGAAUGUGAAAUAUAUAUAUAUUUCUUUAUUUGAUGAAAAUGAUUAUAAGUAAUCAGUGUACGUAUACAUUUUGUUGAUUAUUAUUGCAUCCAGAAUCUUAAUUCCUUAUUUCUGUAAAUCUGCUUGCAUCCCAGAAUGCAAAGUAGAGUAGCCACACACAAAAAAAGAUAUUAUAAAUACUAAUCAUUCUCUUCAUUACGCCUUAUGCCACUAAUACCAGAGUCUUCUUUGAGUUUUUUUCACUACCAAGACAAUUGUUAAAAACGUCAGUGGCAAGUCAAGUCGCAAGGUAAUGAAAGCCACGAGAAGAAUCCUGGUAGUCGGUGAAAUGGGGAAUUCACAACUAUUCCAAGCAAUUUUCAUUUGCUUGGAUGAGGUUGUAUUCUACUAUGUAUGAUGAACACUUAUGUUAAGUCAUAUGUAUAUAGCUAGGAGACAAGUUUUGCUUAGUUAUUAUGAUGUAUGUUCAAAUGUAUUAAAGCUCUUCUCAGUUUAGAAAAGGUAAAGUAAAAAGGURAAUAAAUUUAUGUGUUUCCGUUGUUUA